UUUAUGUUUGGAUUUGCUAAAUUUUUUGGUAAAUUUUUUUUGGAAGAAUUGAAUAAAAAUGGAUAUUCGAGUGAAGAUGAAGAAAAUGAAAUUGAAAGAAUUAAUUGGGGUAAUUGGGUAAAGGAAACAGAAGAGUUUUUGAACAAUUGUUAUAUAAUUUGGGAAAAGAUAAGACAAUUAAAAUAA